GAGUACUAUUGAAGAGGCGUAUGCCAGGUCUAUGACCAAACUUGCCAAGUCAGCGGGCAACUUUUCUCAGCUCGGGACUUUUGCUCCGGUGUGGGAUGUGGUCAAGACGUCAACAGAGAAGCUUGCCAGCUGUCACAUGGAGCUGGUGAGGAAACUACAGGAACUUAUAAAAGAGGUCCAGAAGUAUGUGGAGGAGCAGGCCAAAGCACACAAAAAGACAAAAGAAGAGGUGGCGUCCACCCUUGAGGCUGUGCAGAACAUCCAGACCACCUCUCAGGCUCUGCAGAAGUCCAAGGAGAUCUACAAUGCCAAAACCGUGGAGCAGGAGCGCCUCCGCAAAGAGGGGGCCACCCAGAGAGAUGUGGACAAGGCUGGAGUGAAAGCCAAAAAGGCCACGGAAACCUACAAGUCAUACGUGGAGAAAUAUGCCGCCGCCAAGUCAGAGUUUGAACAGAAGAUGGCAGAAACAGCACAGAAAUUCCAAGACAUUGAAGAAAACCACACUCUCCACAUGAAGGAGAUCAUCCAGUCAUACUCGCAGUCCGUCGAGGAAACACACGUUCAAAUAGGAGAGGUGAGUGUGCACACACAUGGCGUCACAGCUCCACCAAAAGGGUCUCAGUCCAGUCUGCAGCCUGGUCUGCACUUUGGAAAAGAUGUGGAGCGACAGGCUACCGCAGGACCCAUUGAGUUUGAGGAGUGCAAUACAGCUAUUGCUACGGAAGGUGCCAAACCAAGAAAGAGAAAACCAUUCGGCAUCCCAGGUCGAAGGAAAGAUAAGGAUACAGACUCGACGGAGUCUACAGAAGUGGAAGCUGCUAACACUGCCAAUGGAGCUCCCCCUGGGUACUAUGGGGCCAUAGACAUCCAGAACGCUAACGUUCCCCAAGUUGAUGCAGAGGGCUUCUGCAUCAGACCGGAAGGAAAUGAGAACGAUAUCCUUUAUGCUUUUUCCAACCAACCAAGCAAGUCAAAGUUGGAAAGUCAUGGCGUGUUGCAGCGUCUUUUCUUAAUUAAUGUCUGUUUGUGUUUUCAGGGACACAUGCGGAGGAACCAGUCCAGGAACACAGGAGUGUCUACAUUAAGCUCUAAGGCUCAGGGUCCGGGUGAUGAGCUGGCAAAACCCAGAGUGCCAACACCAUACGAACUCACCAACAACGACCUUCUGUCUCUGGACCCGUUCGGCCCGAGCCUUGCAGCAGGCUCCUCCUCCUCUGUUUCUUCAUCAACAGUGCCUUUACCAAAUCGACCAACCACCCCCCUCACAGCUGGAGCCCUGGUGCCCCCACCCCGACCCUCUUCCAGGCCCAAACUCCCCACAGGGAAACUCACAGGAAUCAAUGAGAUUGUACGGCCGUUCAGCCCACCCAAGACCUCCAAUGCCAGCCCCCCUCCCGCUGCGCCCCUUGCCCGGGCGGAGAGCUCCUCCUCUUUGUCCUCGAAUGCCUCACUCAGUGCCGGCAACACCCCCACUGUUGAGGAUGAUUCGUUCAUAGCCAAGCUGCCUACCUUUGAGAAGCGGUGUGAAACACCAGCAGGAACGUCUCGCGGCCCCAGCCCUGUGACCCUGGCGUCCCAAGAUGCUUUGCCCAUUGCCGUGGCCUUCACAGAAUCGGUUAAUGCUUACUUCAAAGGCGCUGAUCCCACUAAGUGCAUUGUGAAGAUCACAGGAGACAUGACCUUGUCGUUCCCCAUGGGCAUCAUCAAGGUGUUCACCUCCAACCCCUCCCCCGCCGUGCUCACCUUCAAACUGAAGAACACCAGCAGGCUGGAGCAGAUCCUCCCCAACCAACAGCUGCUGUACAGUGAUCCUUCCCAAAGUGACUCAAAUUCCAAGGACUUCUGGUUCAACAUGCAAGCGCUGACGUCCUACCUCAGAAAAGCCUCAGAUCAGAAUCCUACAGCUUCCUAUUACAACGUGGACAUCCUAAAAUACCAGGUGAGUCCGCCAAAGGACGUAAGUGAGGGAAUGUAUUUUUGUCUGCCCCCAGGUGCCGGGUCCCUGAGGGCCAAGUUUGAACUGUCAGACGGACCCUCGAGCUUCUCCACCCUGGCAGUGCAGUUUAUGAGUGAGGGGAGCACCCUGUCAGGGGCGGACAUGGAGCUGGUGGGGGCGGGGUACAGACUGUCUCUCAACAAGAAGAGGUUUGCUACAGGACGUUAUAUGGCCGAUUGCUGAGGUGACCCAACACUCAUGAAAUCAAAUCUUCAGACACAAACGGCUUCCUGAACCUCUGGAUCCAUCUGAGCUUUUGCCCGGGAGGCGAGAAUCUCACUACAAUAAAAAAGCACUGAGUAUUGAACACUGUUUAAAAGAAUAAAAGAAGACGAGCUUUCAGGAAAUGUGUAGAUAUGAAUUCUAAUAAUGCUUUCUGAUCAACUCACUUGUGUAUAGUCAGAAACAAUUUAUGAAUUAGAUAUACAUCUAUAUUGUAUUUGAAAUCAGAAAAAAAAAGUGCACUAACAAUCUUUAACAUGCUCUUCUUCCUCUUAUAGUCAUUUCUCAAGAGUCCAUAGGGAAUAUAAAACAAAACCAUGUCUGCGUGGAAGAAAAUAAUCUGCUCUUUUCUCUUUUCUGUGAACUGUAAAUAUUAACUCUGAUUAUUCUGCUCGACCAGCUCUGACUCAACGCUCAAAUCAGUUCUGUUUACUGAACCUUUCUCUUUCCAUGAUUUGUCUUUUUCUCAUCACGUGCAAUGAAGCAAUGAAGGUAUAAUCUGUCUUCGACACACACUUACACUAUGGCACAAGCUUGAUUUCUGAAAAUAACAAGUGCUUUUUAACAAAUGCAAAAAAUCUGACCUCAGUGCCUCCUCUUAUUCUGUGGAUCAAAAGGCAAAAAAACGUGCGUCAAUGAUUGGCCCACAUGUGGGUAGCUUUGAAUCGCCCCUAGUGGGGUCUGAUCAGUGGGAUCUUUUUUAAAUUCUAUAUGUUUCCCCUUUCAGUCAUGGCUUAUAUUUUUACAAUUCUUAAGCCCUUCAUUUUUAUACUUUUUGACUGUAAACAUUGUGUCAAAUGUCAGUUGCUUUAAAAAACGAAUCAAGAGAGAUUACCCUAAAUAACUUGCAGCCUUUUUUUAAACUGGUGUUUUUUUUAUCAAACUUUGGUUUCCUAUUAAUGGAGAAAUGUGCCGGAAUCAAACUUUUCUCUCAUCUUGUUUGUAUACUACAACACAGUCAAUGAGAAUAGCACCAACAAUGUGCCAGUCUUUUUUUUUACUUCUACUAUUUGGAUGUUGAAGGGAAAAUCUCCUCUUUUUACAACUGCCUUCCAGCAAUGAAUGAGUCAUAUUGGCCUUAUUUGAUUGAAUGUAAUCAUCAAACUGUUUUAUAGCUUGUAUGUUUUCUAUUCAACACUCGUCUGUUGACUUGUACCCCUCUCUCACAAUGUAAGUGAGUAGAAGCACAAUAAGGCCAAAUUAAUGAUGGAAAUGCCUUAUCACAACGUUUUGACGCUGAGUGAUCCUGUGUUGUUGACUGUGGUUAGAUAUUGUGACACAGUAUUGCCAUUGACCUGUGAUACAUUACUGGCCUGCCUUUCACCCAGUGCAUGCUGGGAGAAGCCUCUUUUAACUAUACACAGCACAACCGGGUAUAGAAAAUGGAUGGAUGGAUGAACAUGACCACGUUUGACUCUCGGUGCUUCAUUUUUCUGUCUUUUACUAAUGAAGGUUGCUGUAGAGGCUGCUGUACUUCUUGAUGGAGUACUUUUAUGUGUUUCAUUGUCCAAACCAUGUACUGAUCCUUUCAUUGGUUAAAAUGCUGGUAGGUGUAGUCAGUUACGUGGAAGCUGUGAUUCAAAAUUGAUGACCCUUUUUAGGGCAGGGGUUUCUAACACUGUGCCUCGUUUGGCCAACUGACCUCUUAGAUAGGAUUUUAGAAACUAACUUUUCACAUCAGGCUUGUUUUUAACCGUCAGCCAUAGAACAGGCUCAAUAUGGCAGGUCAUUUAAGCUCAUAUCCAUACUUCAUUCAUCCUUUGUCAAAUGAUCAUUUAUUUGAUUUCACUCUUCAUAUCAUUACCAGCUUUGUACAAUUCUGGAACACGAUUCAAGCCUUUAUUAAUAUUCUAGAGGCAAACAAUAAUCCUUAAGUGGCGGAUGGAAAGAUCCAUUUAAGUUGGUUAUGCUGAAAUGUUGUAUCACUCUGAACUUUAACCAGGUGUUUGAAACGAAUGAGUUCACACACAAUCGUAGCUCCAGAUAUGUGUACAGUGAGACAUCAGCGUGUAGCGCUGUGUUUCCCUUUGUAAAGCAUACCUGUGGUUUGGAUCAGAACAGCCAAAUGCAUAAAAAGAACAAGUAAACACAUUUCAUGUUCAGUAUUAGCAAGCUGGUUCUUGCUCUCCUAACGAAAAGUACAAAACAAAGUAAAGAGGCUCCUUUUCCCUCACUUUCACAUCCUUUCUUUCUUUAUAUGUUGUAUUGGACAGAGUUUAAAGAGAGCAUUAUUGUGUAAAUGAUUCUCUUAAAUUGUACAUUUUUACCAAUAUCUCAGCCACUUUCUGUCUCAACUUUAUGAUUGCUCAUUGUGUCUGUAUUAAAUGUGUAAUAUAUGAAUAUAUACAAAUAUAUUAAAAUGA